AUGAACGCCAUUAAGAAACAGCUGCAGAUGCUAAAGCUCGAAAAAGAUCUCGCGAUGGACAAAGCUGAUCUGUGCGAUCAGCAAGCAAAAGAGGCAAAUCGGAAGGAAGAAAAAUUGAGAGAUGAAGUUUGCGAAUUAGCGAAAAAACUGAUGCAAAUGGAACAUGAUCUUAAAGUGAGCAAAGCUCAACUGAUAAAAUCAAACAAGGGCCUUGAGAUGAAGGAGAGAAUCUAUAUCGUGACGCAGUCGGAACUGGCUGUGUUAAAUAGAAAAAUGCAACAGUGCAUGCAAAAUCUAGAAAAAUCCGAGGAACGACGUUUAUCGGCUCAAGCGAAGCUCGCGCAGGCCAUGGAAACUGCGGAAGAUGCAAAGCGCAUCUGUAAAGUCCUGGAGAAUAGGAGCAAGCAGGACGAAGAAAGGAUGGACCAAUUGAUGACGCAAUUGAAAGAAGCGAGACUCAUCGCCGAAGAUGCUGACACUAAAUCGGACGAGAUUUCAAAAAAAUUGGCGUUUGUCGAGGACGAGCUCGAAGCGGCAGAAGAAAGGGUUAAAUCAAGCGAGGCGAAAAUUCUUGAGAGAGAGGAUGAGUUAUUUAUUGUCGGCAAUAUACUAAAGUCUUUAGAAGUGUCAGAAGAGAAAGCUAAUCAAAGGGUGGAAGAGUUUAAAAUGCAACUGAAAGAAUUAAAAGUGAAAUUAAAAACUGCCGAAAAGCGUGCUAUAUUUGCCGAAAAAACUGUCAAGAUAUUCACGAAAGAAAUGGAUAAGAGAGAAGAUUACUUGUCAAAAGAAAAGGAAAAGUACAAAUUUAUCUGCGAUGAUCUGGACUCUACAUUUUCAGAACUUACGGGAUACUGAUUUUUCCACAAAAUGUUCAAUCGAUUAUCUUUAAUCGAGUUUGCAUUGCAUAAAUAUAAAUCUAAUCGCAAUACUUAUGUAUAUCGAAUCAUUUAUUUUUAAGGUUCGACCAGAAAAUGAAAUUCAUUCUGAUACUUUACACGAUAUUAAUUUAUUUAAUCGAUUCUACGAUCGACACAAUGCAUCAAAAUGCCGUACCACAGAUUUAAUACAGUUUAAAUUUAAUCGCACAAUUCGUUUUUUUAAUCAUACAAUCUCCGAUCGCUGAAUGGAGAGAAAACUUGCGAGCUUCUUCAUUUCACUGACAAUGAGAUUCUCGCGAGGUCUUUUGCGCCAAUACCCUUUCUUUUUCUACAACAACGUUAAUCGUAGUUACAAUAACAAUUAUCCGUUUGAUUUAUUCAUUUGCCUCCAUUCAUAUCGAUGCAACAAUUAAAGUGCAUUCUCCGAGCUGCACGGAUUAUCGCAAAGAGUGAUGAGGGAUGCACCGAGUUAUAUCACUGCAUCAUCCUUCGAGGACCGUUUAAUCAUUCGCGAACAAAAAUAUCUCAUCGCAAUUGAGAUCUUAACGUAUCAGAUGUAAUGAGAUAAAUAGAAAAAUUAUCUAAUUCAGAUUAUAUUUUUUGUAAAAAACUUUUCAAUCUAUAAAAAAUUCGUUGAUAAUUUUCCUCAAAAUGGUUGAUUAUAGAAAAGUUUUCAUUAAUUUAUUUAUUUAUGUACGAUUAUGAUAAUAAAGAGAACUGGUCCCCAUAAAAGAUUACAAGAAGAGAUUGACAGAACUCGGUCGGUCCAUGACGCAAGAAAAAUGUACAAAAAUCGUGUCGACGACAACGUCUUGCAAUUACACCACAACGAAUCGCACUUCGUCUUCUCCGAAAAUCGUCCUAUCGAUUUAAUCGAAUACUACAAGUUUGAUUGACGUGCUUCCCUUAUAUACAUUAACGUACGCGCCGUACAUGCUUCUGAAUGCACACGCCUUGAUGCCCGUGUACUCAACAUAUGUAUUUAUAUACGUAUAUCUACGGCCUCGUCUUCGUAGUGUCGCGCACAGUUUUGCUUAAGUUAUCGGUAUUACUUUACGAUAAAUCUGUAAAAUUUUUAAACGUCGUUUACAAUAUUCUGACAUGUGAGAUUAGAAUUUCUUAGCUUCUCCUAAAUUGUUUUUUCGUAAGAUCAAAGUUAUCGUCCACGUGUGUAUAGAGAUGUACAAUAAAUUCGGAACAGUCUCCAUCGCGCUUAAAUAAAUUAAGAAAUGGCAAUACGUACGCCAUCACAAAGAGAGAGAAGUCCGAAUAUAAAAAACAUCGUAUAGUAUACUUAACUAUUUAAAGCGACACUUGGAGGAGAGUGGAAGAAGAUCAACAAUAACUCCAUCACUUGGAUGUAGAUAAAUGUUACAAAAAACGUCUUUUUUCAAAGUAUGUAAAGCGAUCUCAAUAUUAUCUCUUUUUAUAAAAUGUUCUGAUAAAUGAUCUGUGAGAUGGCAGUGGAAAUAUUGGAAGCUCGCGAGGCAGUAGGAUGCGCGCGUUCAAUUAAUUCUAACGGCAAUUUUUUAUUACUUUCGAUUUCAGUCUGAAGAAGAGUUGCACUGGUACGACUUAUUGCAUAAUAGUAAGAUUGAUCGCGUCGGAUCAUGAGAUUUCAAAGUGCGCGACAUUAGAAGAGAGAUUUCUUGGAGGAGAAAGAAAGGCGGUUUUCUUUCUCUGAAGCGCAGGAAACGAGAUUGCUGCGAUCAGCUGAUUCGCGCUUGAUUCCGAUUGUAUGUAUAUCGCGCUCCGCGCACAGAAAAAACAUUCUACAUAGAAGUCUUAGGAUUAAUAACCGACUUAAAGUAAUCAACGGUGUUAUUAUUAAUACAUAUAUAAACUUUACAACGCAACAGAGCCCAAUUAACCCAUCAACGUUCUCCGUCUUGGAGACUUGGAAGUCUGUGUCUUUUCUCCGAUUCAUUCGCGUAUCAUCCCAAUCUUUAAAAUAACAUGCGCGCAUCGAAUAUAGAUGUAGAUUAUUUUCAAAGUAGCUUCAGACUGCCUAUACAUUUACGCGGAAUAGAAGAAAAUCUUUUUAAAAUGCUUUUUAAUACAAAUAAAAUUGACUUAUUACAUAUAUUAAAAGUAAUUAAAACUAUAGCAUUUAAAUAGCAAAAGAUAUUAAAUAGAAUGAAAUAAAGGUUAACAUAUAGA